AUGCAAAAAUGGGGAAUGAAAUUGAAGGCGAAGCGGCAACCUCCGUUUUUUGUGAUCAGGUGUGAUGGAGGAAUUCAAUCUAAGAAUCUGUUUUCAAGGGGGAGAAGUACGCUCGAAGUGAACCGCGAUACGAGUCUACCAUUUCGCCGGGAAAAAUAUGUCGUACUUGAUGUGUAUGACUGUUUCGACGAGUUAACAAAUUGGAAAAGGAGUUACUUAAAAAAUGUAGUUGGGAAUACCUUUAUGAGAGUUAAUUUGAGCCUCCUUUCGAGCAGGAAGCGAUACAGUCAUUGUUACUGUACCGACAACAAAGUCUACGUGAAGGGAGAAAUUUACGACAUUCUUCCCCCCCUAUGUAGGGGCAAAGAAAUCGAAGCCAUUGUGGCGAACUUGAUUUUCUUCAUUUUAAAAUUUGUGAAUCUUAAAAAUGUAGAAACAGCAGAGGAGUAUAAGGAGAACAUAAAAAACGUGUACACCAACUUGAUCAGGUGUUACCACAAGAUUUUUGCAGAUAAAGGAAUACAUGGCGAGUAUAUUUUUUGCAUUUUUAACGAUGAAGUUGUAAAAUAUGUUAGUCCUUCAUUGAAGAAAAAUAAAAAAAACAUCAUCCAGGAAAUUGUGCUAAACAGCUUAUGUUUUUUUUUUAAAAAUAAUGAAAGACAUAAAAACAGAUUAGACCCCAAUUUGAUGUGCGAAAUUAUCAAGUAUAGAAAAUUCUUGUACAUAUUAGAGUGCAUAUCCUUUGAUCACCACCUGUUGAGGGAAGGCUUGACUGCUCGCAAUGUGGACUAUCUAUUUAGUAACUUUUUAAACAACCGAGCGUAUUUCUGUCAGGCCAUUUCCUUAGCCUCCUUCUUUCUGUCUGAUGAGCAUAUAGGUUUUAGUUCUCCCUUUAAGGAAAACAGCGCUUAUAACUGCAGGAUUCUGCUAAAGUAUAUACUACAAGCUCAGUCCAAGAAUUGUCUCUUCUUAUUUUUGGAUGGAAUCAAGUGCGAGGAUUUGAAGAGGGGCGUCUAUCGAUGGCUGACAUCUGUGGAUGAAUCAUCAGGGUUCUUUGCCGACUACUGGGGAUACCUCGCGGUGCGGGAGUACCUACUGCUAAGCAAGGCAAAGGAGAAGGAACAAGCCCAAGGGGGGUCGCGCAGCGACGGAACCCUUAGCAAAGGAACCAUCAACGAAGGAACCCUUAACGGAGGAAUUCGAGACGGAAUUUGCGUCUCAUGGGAGAAGAAGCCACUCCAUCCAUACAGUGACUACUACGUGCUUCCAGAAGAAAUGAGAAACAUAAAAAUAGUAACUAAUGUAGAAAGUUUGAAUAUGAUGAUAGGAACGAUAAAGUUGGCUCAGGAAAAACACUGGAUGGAUAACAUAUACAACGAUGACAACGUGUACACAUCCCAAUCAUGCAACCACAUAAUAACUGCAGAAGAUAUUAAUAACCACUUGAGGGGGGGAAAGAAGAAGUAUUACAUUGGCAUUGAUGUGGAAUGGAACAGAAACCAAAAGGCUAGCAUCAUUUCACUCGCAACAAUGGACCAUAUUUACCUAAUCGAUCUGCUAGUGAUGGAUUAUAAUUACAAACUUUUAAUUCAAUCGUUUUUUAAAUGGUUACUUGAAAACCCGUUCAUCUGUAAGCUCUUUUACAACUUCUCCUGCGACAUGCGUAUUUUAAAUUCUUUUUUUCAAGGAGUAUCAAAUGUGUAUACCUACCUGAAUGUGACCGAUCUGAAGGACCCCCUAAUUUUUCACAAGAAAAGUGGGAGCAAUCUGGACAUUUCGGAUAGUGCUGUUUCCGCUGAAUUGUUUAACCGAAAUAUAAUUGAUACGAAUAACAUUGAGUUAUUUAAACAGGUAACAACAAGUAGCUUUCGCGACUUCAAGGGCAGAGUGAAACAUGGAGAUGGUGAUCAUCUGGGGGGAAAGAUCAAUGUACAUCCAAGUAACACAAGUGAUAAGAUUCAUUUUAAGAGUCUGAAUCAUUUGUGCCAACAAAUCCUUGGAAAAAAAUUAAAUAAACAAUUGCAGUUAUCCAACUGGAGUAGAAGACCAUUAAUGGAGAGUCAAAUAUGUUACGCCGCCACCGAUGCCUAUGUCCUCAUCGUGUUGGAACAACUCCUCAUUGAGAGGAAUUAUUGCUCCACCUGUUUCUCAAAUAGUAGUAGCCUUAGUGAUUUAUUUGUUCAAAAAUACAAAUGUAGGAAUUGUUCAUGGGAAUAG